CAGCCCGUCUGCUCCCACUGCGCCUGCGUGCCUAGCGUGGCGCAAACACAGACGGGGGAGCUGUGCCUUCGGGGAGGAAACGCGGGGCCGGUGCAGCGGGAGCUGCCAUGUUGCUUUCCGCGCCCUUUCGGGCCGUCUUUGCGCAUUCGGUGAAGCAGAUCCGCUGCUUUCAUGCAACAGCUGUGCGCAGUAGUGCUGGUGGAGCCCUGUUUGUGCACAGAGAUACUCCUGAAAACAAUCCAGAUACUCCAUUUGAUUUUACACCUGAAAAUUAUAAGAGAAUAGAGGCAAUAGUAAACAACUUCCCAGAGGGACACACCUCUGCAGCUGUGAUGCCCGUCCUUGAUCUAGCCCAGAGACAGAAUGGAUGGCUACCUAUAUCAGCUAUGAAUAAGGUUGCUGAGAUUCUACAAAUGCCUCCCAUGAGAGUAUAUGAAGUAGCAACCUUUUACACCAUGUAUAAUCGUAAACCUGUUGGAAAGUACCAUAUUCAGAUUUGUACCACUACACCUUGCAUGUUGCAGGAUUCUGAUGGCAUCUUAGAAGCCAUCCAGAAGAAGCUUGGUAUAAAAGUGGGAGAAACAACACCAGAUAAACUCUUUACACUGACUGAAGUAGAAUGCUUGGGUGCCUGUGUAAAUGCACCAAUGGUACAAAUAAACGAUAACUAUUAUGAAGACCUGGCCCCAAAAGACAUUGAAGACAUUAUUGAUGAACUAAGAGCUGGAAAAACUCCAACACCUGGCCCAAGGAGCGGGCGCUUCUCAUGUGAGCCAGCUGGUGGAUUGACUUCUCUGACAGAACCACCUAAAGGACCUGGUUUUGGAGUUCGGUCAGACCUUUAACAAGUUGUAAAAAACAAAACACUAAUAAAUCUGAACUGUGGAUAGCUGAAAAUGAGUAUUCUAUUAUGAAGUUCAAUAAGAUAACUUGGUAAUUUUUUAACAUAGCUCAAAUAUUGGAAAGACAUUACUAUCUGGAAUUAAAACAAUUGAGUUUAUUUUUAUUUUGAUACUAACCAAAAAUGAUCCAAAAUAGUCUUUUAUCAGCUUGCAUAACUAGAAAAAUGUAUGUAAAAAUAUAAGGCUGUUUACAACAUUCAGUGAAAAUAAAUCAGCUACAAAUACAUGGAAGCAAUAAAAACUAUUUAGAAACGGAAAAGCAUAAGAACAUAGCAUAACCUUUGGCUUAAAUGAUGUUAAUUGACAGGUAAGGAAGCCUAGGAAAAAUUGGGUGAAGGAACACGCCAACCACAGACCAAACUGUUUUGACUGUGAAAGGGCUGGUGCCUUAUUCCUCAGUACAGAUUUUCCAACAUGGAAGUAUAGGUCUCCAGGACCUAUACAGAAAGUUUUUGCUACAAAGCUCAGUCAGUGUUUGUUACUUAUCAAGUAGUCAUGUGAGAAACCAGAUUUCUAAUGCGGUAUUUGUUCUUCAAGCACAGUUUUCUUUGCUUGUGGAUACUUAAUUAGAUUACUUGAAGUAGACAGUCUUGAGUGGGAGGGUACAUUUAAUCUUUUCUUACCUUCUAGACAUACAUGAUUAUAUGAUUACUAGAUUGUUAAAACUCACACUUGUGAUUUCAGAUCAAUGAGCUAAGAAUCAUAGGUGGGUUUCCUGGCUGUUAGAAGUAAACAUGUAAUGCAAGAAACCAAAAUUUCAAGCAGGCCAGUGGGGAAUCCCAAAUAGAAAAUUUAGUUGUAAAUUUCCAUAAUCUCAAUUUAACAGUGCUUGAACAACUAUAAGUUACCCUGGAUACAAAUAGCACUCUUUAAGUUGAAUUGCAAUUUAGUUUCAUUAUGGUAAAUGCAAAAUCUCCUGAGUUAUUUUUAAAGCACCUAAAAGCUGUUCUUAUGACAGAUGUUCUUACAUUCUUCAGAGAAACAGUAUUAUGUUUUAGCUGUGGCUCAAAGUGUCACAGAGUUCCUUUCUCUCCAUGCUGAUAGUAUAGAAGAAACUACACAUAUUUUAGAUUUUUUUUCUUAUUAUUUAUUUAUUUAUUUUAGCCCUCCCUCCCCUGCACAAGAGGCUCAGAGCAGGUUUUACAACAUGAUUAAAACAUACAACAUAACUGAAAUAUAAUACAGCCUUAAAAUCUAUAAAAUUAUCAAUUCACAAAACAUCAGUAAACACUGCUAAAACGUCUGCUGCGCAAUUAAAAGUGCCAGGGGAUUCUGAUUGUGGGUAACUGUAGAUGCAGAACAAAUGGGUGGGUGAGAAAGCCAAUGAUGGAAUAAAGCUAGGCAGAGCAGGGGAGGCCAGUAUAGCUGAAUUGCCACCGCCUCAGCCAUAGCCCUGGUGGAACAUCUCCAUUUUACAGGCCCUGCGGAACUACAUUAAAUCCCUGCGGAACUACAUUAAAUCCCUCAGGGCCCAGAUCUCAGCUGGGAGACUGCUCCACCAGGCAAGUGCCAGAGCUGAGAAAGCUCUGGCUCUGGUCAAGGCCAGGCAUACAUCCUUUGGGUCAGGGGUCACCAGUAGGUGUUGAUCAGAGGAGCACGAAGCCCUUUGAGGGACAUCUGGGGAGAGACGGUCAGGUAGGUAUGUUGGUCCCAGUCUGCAUAGGGCUUUAAAUGUUAGAAUCAGAACCUUGAACUUGAUCCGGAAUUCAACUGGGAGCCAGCGCUCUUAAAGAUGCACUUAAUUAGAAUUUUCAUUGGGUGGAGCCAAAGUAUUGAAAGCGGAGCUCCAUUUGUGAAACAUAACUUUCCUGUUUCCCUCCUUUCACUGUAUCCUUUAAAGUCGUGGUUCCAAAUUCGUUGGUGACACACAACUCCAAAUUUAUCUGGUAUGGUGACCCACUUAAAAAGAGCAUGCACGAAUCAACAGAAAGUGGGACCCACUUUCACAGGUUUCAUGACUGAUGUCUGGUUGGAAAAUGCUGCUUUUAAGCACAGCCCUGGAUGUAAGGGAGCCUCCAGGAACAGCACUGUGUAUGUUGUGUGGGAGGGUGGGGGACUGUUGAAAAUCACUCAGCAGUAAGUUGGCAUUUAAAACUGUAACCUGUACAUAGAAACUUCUGACAUCUAAUUCUGGAAUUUGACUUUUCUGCAUGUGUAAUGCCUUUUUGACAGUACUUUUCUGUCCUUGUGAGAUUGUGCAUUUUUCUAAAAGGCCUUAAUAAACAGGGUUGUACUUGUGUCAGCUUU